AUGGCAAUUUUGGAGGUGAAGAUUGUGAUGCUUGUAACGAUGGGUGCUUUUGCAUUAUUGUUCGGUCUUCUACCAACAAAAAUAUACAAAUACAUCGAGAUGCAGCGGGCAACUAAAUCUCCUAAAGAGAAAUUAGCAACUCGUUUUCUUUCUAUAUUAUCAUGUCUUUCCGGUGGUGUAUUCUUAGGUGUUUGCUUACUAGACCUGCUACCUACGGCAAAUGAAGCAUUUGAUAAAAUAAAACAACAGAAAGUAUGGGAAACGCAUUAUCCAUACAUGGAAGUUUUAAGUGGUUGUGGCUUUUUUGCCGUUUAUUUGGUGGAGGUAUUAGCCAUUCAUAUUUAUAAUCGAGAAUAUAUAGAUGCGAAUCGAAAUGAAUGCAAGAAAUGCAAGAAUGACAAAAAUGUGAUAGAAGAACGAUUUAAUAGAUGUGAACAAGAAGAAGACGAAUGUCAAAGAAAGAAGGAACAAAUAAAUCUCUCAAUGGUAGAAAUGAAAGUUCCCACAAAAGAUAAUUAUGUGAAGUCGAUAACUUUAGUGGCUGUUUUUACAGUUCAUUCCUGCCUUGAAGGAUUCGCUUUCGGCGUUCAGUAUACAAUGUUCAGUGUGACAACACUCUUUCUUGGAAUAAUCGUGCAUAAAUCAGUGGUUGCAUUUAGCAUUGGAAUGAAUCUAAUUAACAGUCAUCCCAGUAAAAUAUACUUUGUUAUAUCGUUGGUAAUAUUUGUGGCAUUAACAUCACCUAUUGGUGGUUUCAUUGGAAUUGCUUUAGAGGGUGUACAGCUUGCUGAACAAUCACAAAAUAUUGUAACAGCAAUAGCAUCAUCACUCGCUAAUGGUACCUUCAUCUACAUCACUUUUUUCGAGAUACUGUACGCUGAACAUGAAGUGCAAAAAAUGGAGAAAUGGUUGAGCGCAGUUGUGGGUUUUGGCCUUAUAGCCAUUUUGAUCUUAUUUACACACUGA